GCAGACUAUCCAUUUCGUAGACGAGGGUUUCAAACUAUUUUUCUUAUAUUCGAUUAGAAUUUAUUAAUAUCCUUUUUCCAUUGCAAAAUUGGGGAUUGAUUCGAUCCAGUUAUCGUCCCUGAAGGUAAAUAAUUUGAGUAGAACUCGUAGAGAAAAAGAUGGAAGACGAAGAGGUGAAUAUCGAAGAAUUGGCUGCCAAUCUUUCUACUUACGAAGAGCAACUUCAGCAGGUACGCAAACUGUUGAAAGAUGAUCCGAAGAAUUCUGAAUUUUUGGACAUGGAGAAAGAACUUGCGGAGGUGAUCGCAUUGACGGAGGAGCUUCUGACAACUGCCAAACAAAAUGAUGGUAGUUCUGAACUUGUUAAUGGGACUAGUGGUGAAGCAUCUCCUGAUCUGCAGCUAUCUGGGAUCACCUUUGAUAAACCAAGAACUACUGCUAUUGAUGGUAAUAAAUUUCCACUUGGAACCAAAGUCCAAGCUGUCUGGAGCGAAGAUGGAGAGUGGUAUGAUGCAACCAUUGAGUCUCAUACUCCAAAUGGGUAUUUUGUCACCUAUGAUGGAUGGGGUAACAAGGAAGAGGUGGAUCCCGAUAACGUUAGACCUAUCCAAGGCACUGCAGACCCUUUGCUGGAAGCUGAAAAGAUUGCUGUUGCUACAAAAGAAGCCCUAAAACGGAAGAUUGCCCAAUCUGCUAGCAAGGACUUCGAGGCUUGGACUGUUCCUGCAAAACUUCAAAUUGAUCGUAAUGAUCCUGAAGAUGUGAAAGCUACAAAGCGUAAAAAGAUACAUGCAUUCAAGUCCAAAAUGCGUAUGGAAGAAAAAGAAGUUACACAAAACAAGAGGCAGAAUGCCUGGCAGCAAUUCCAGACCACGAAAGGCAAAGCUAAAAAGGUUGGUUUCUUCUCGGGCCGAAACCGCGAGAGCAUAUUCAAGUCUCCUGAUGAUCCAUUUGGGAAAGUUGGAGUGACCGGAAGCGGGAAGGGUUUGACUGAGUUUCAGAAAAGAGAGAAACAUUUACAUCUCAAAGGAGCAAAUAUGGAAAGUGCAGAUGAGUGAUGUAACCAUUUAGAGUUAUCUCUGUUGUGUAACUUUUAUGAUAACUGAGUUUUCUGUGCAAAUUGUGAUUGCACUAGCAGAGCCAUAUAUGAACAUGUUGGUUGGUUCGUGAUUGAAAUGGUUUCGAACUUUCUGUAGAUGGCAUUAACUUGUGAUCAAAUAGUUCAUACCUGAUCUGUUGCAUCCAAUGAACGACACACUUGGUCUA